CCCCAUCCUUCUCCCCCAUAGACGUGAAGUUUUUUCCGUCUCUCGUUCUCUCCUUCAUCCAUCAUCAGCAUCGUGGUCCAACAUGGCGUCCGAAGUUGCCCUCCCGAGAGAGCUCCACAAAUUCAUGUGGGAAAUCAUGAACAAUCCGAGGGUAGUGCCUGAAAUCCCUACACUCAUUCCUUCAUACGAGGCUUUGAAAGGACUUCUUACCUCUACCAAUGUCAAAUUCGCUCGUGGUAUUCCUGCUCUCCUCGACAGCCCUACACCCCCAACGAUCGAAUUCAUCAACUCGCUACCUAGCAAUUUCUCAAGGCAAAACUGGGGGGUAUAUAUCCUCAUCCUCGAAAGACCCGGUUCACCGACAGCAGUUUUCGUCGGCUCCUCUACAAGCUCUGAAGGAGGCACCAGGAAGCGUGUCCUGAAACAUCUUUCAGCGCGCCCUAACUCUGGCAAGAAGCCUUCGGCUGAGGCCGUUCAACAGGCCCUCGACCGAGGAUAUACAAUUGUUCAUUGUGCGCAAAUUGCGAAGGUACCAUUGCCAAAGCAACAGAAGAAGAGAAUCCGGGUUCUAAUUAUCAGUAAGAAUAACCAUAUCCUCACACUUGUACCCAAAAUACUCGACCAAAUAUAAUAACAUAUUCCUAACAUCGUCGUAGUUAUCGAGGCUGCUAUGCACUGU